AUUCAACGUAGGGUACAUUAUAUAAUAAUAAGCUAAUAGCAGCGCCACGCACCGACACCAAUACGCCAUGGGUUCCAUCAUGGAGCAACGCUGCAACAACGAUCAGCAGGCGCUGCUCGACGCUCAGCUCGAGCUCUGGCACAGCACGUUCGCGUUCAUCAAGUCCAUGGCGUUCAAGUCGGCGCUGGAGCUCGGCAUCGCCGACGCCAUCCACUGCCACGGCGGCACCGCCACGCUCACCCAGAUAGCCACCAAGGCCGCGCUCCACCCGUCCAAGACACCGUGCCUGCGCAGGCUCAUGCGCGCGCUCACAGUCGCCGGCAUCUUCAGCGUCGCCAAGAACUCGUCCGACGAUGACGGCGAUCAGCACGUCUACGGCCUCACUCCGGCCUCCCGACUUCUUGUCGGCUCGUCACAGAACUUGGCUCCAACACUGAGCCUCAUCCUUAACAACGUCUUCGUGGCCCCGUUCCUUGACCUCGGCACGUGGUUCGAGAGCGCGCUGCCGGCCACAGACCUGCCGCUCUUCGAGCUGUCCCACCGGAAGAACGUGUGGGACGUCGUCGGCCACGACCCGUCCGUGAGCCAGCUCUUCAACGCCGGGAUGGUCGCGGAUACCCGCUUCCUCAUGGACAUCGCCGUCAGGGAGUGCGGCGACGUGUUUCAGGGGAUACGCUCCCUGGUCGACGUUGGCGGCGGCCAUGGCGCGGCGGCGCAGGCCAUCUCUGCGGCGUUCCCUGCCAUACAGUGCACCGUGCUGGACCUUGCACACGUGGUCGCAACCGCUCCCGCUUGCGCUGGGCUCAGCUUCGUUGCUGGCGACAUGUUUGAGGCCAUUCCGCCAGCGAAUGCUGUCUUCCUCAAGUGGAUCAUGCACGACUGGGGUGACACUGAGUGUGUCACGAUACUAAAGAACUGCAAGAAAGCUAUACCUCCACGAGAUGCAGGCGGCAAGGUGAUAAUAGUAGAUACCGUGGUUGGUGCAGGGCCUCCAAACCUUAAGAACAAAGAGACACAGGUCAUGUCUGAUCUCUUCUUUAUGAUCGUCAACGGCCUUGAGAGAGAUGAGCAGGAAUGGAGGAACGUCAUCUUUGAAGCUGGUUUCAGUGACUACAUAAUCAUACCAGUUUUAGGUGUUCGAUCAAUCAUCGAGCUAUACCCCUGAAAUAUAAUCCAGCUUCCUCAGCCGGCGGCCAGCUCAUCACCUACAUGUUGAAUGCUUUGGCGUGUGGAUCUGUGUGUGUGUUUUUUCCUUUAAGAACAGUGUGCAUGUGUGUUUAAUAAAUUGGUAUAUAUAGUUAUAUACUCACUAAAAGGAUGGUUUAUGUAUGCAUGUAUGCAAGUGUUCCAACCAUUAUUAUGUCUCCAAAGUGAAGAAGUUGCGUUUUUCAAUUUUAAGGAAUGAACUCCAGGAUUUUC